AUGGGAUUGAAACCAUGUGUAAAAACUGUAAUUUCCCAACAGUCACUUAUUGCUACAUCACCAUCACCAUCUACACCAUUCACUAUCCUUUUGUUGAUAUCUGAUGAUUUAGAACAAUUUUUCGCUUCUUCUUCAUACUCACAAAUUGAUACUAUUAUCUCAAUAUCUUCCAAUUCAUCUCAAUAUUUUAAUUCAAAUGAAACUAACACGCACGUCGAUGACGCUGAACAACAACAAUGCGCAUCUUCAAACCAAAAUUUAUGA